GUCGUGUGCCGUUCAUCAAGGCCGGCGCUUUUGUGGUGGCUGAGCUCGACCCAAUCGUGGCCUUUGUCGCUAACAAGGGAGUUACCUUGACAGAGGGCCUGGACACCACGCAGAAAGCAGACAUGAGAGCUUACAUGUCACUGGUGAACAAUGUGUUGGCAAAUGCAGAGCUGUACCUCUCCUGGAUCGACCAGGUCACCUACGAGGAGGUGACACGGCCCCGCUAUGGCUCCGUGUACCCGUGGCCCAUCAACCACGUCCUCACCCGCCAGAAGCGCAACCAGGUCCUGCGACGCCUCCGAGUCCUGGGCUGGAAGCAGAAGUCACUGGAGGAGGUGUACAAUGAAGUCGAACACUGCUGCAAUGCUCUCUCCGAACGACUUGACAACAACGAGUUUUUCUUUGGAAACAGACCAACAGAGCUGGAUGCCUUGGUUUUUGGCCACCUGUUCACUCUCCUGACCACACCUCUCCCUGACAAUCGACUGGCAACCAUUGUCAGGUCAUUCGGCAACCUUGUUAAGCUAUGUCAGGUGGUUGAGAGGGACUUCUUUGAGAAAAACAACGGAGGCAGUAGCAGUGGCAAUGGAGAGGGAGACUAUGACAAACUGGAAGACUUGAACCAGGUGCCCAUGUGAUUACAGGAUAGGAAAUCAGCCGGAAGAAUCAAGAUGCCUCGGUGUGAUAGCAAAUUAGUUGCAUCGAAAAAAGUUACCAUAAAUCUUCUGAUUUAGUAAUGCAUUUUAAGUCUAAAGAUUUGAUUAUUAGGAAAACUUUGAAGUACAGUAUAUGCCAUAAAUAAUGAAAUAACCAUAUAUGCAUUAGAACUUAGUAUUUUUGAGGAAUGAACAAUUUUCUUAUUUUUGUAAAUAGCAUUGUGAAUUAUAGAAAUAAAAGCACUGAUAAUUUUCUUUUCCUAAGCUAUUUUAGCAUUGUUGAAAUUGUAGGUAAAUUAAUGCAGUUGUUAUUUUUUGUAAUCACGAGGAAAGCCUUUAACUUCCAGUUAUACAGUGCUUGUACGUAGUGUUAUUAGAUUGUGUCAUAUGUAUAGUGACUUGUUUAAAAUAUGCUGGAUAUUUAACAUUGUAAAAAGCCUCUUCUGGCAUCCUCUAUCUUUUUCAAUAAAUUUUCAAUACAGC